AUGUCUGUGAAUAUUUUUGGAGAUCAAGUGACAGAGGAGAGAGCAGAGAACGCGAGACUCUCGUCUUUCGUGGGGGCCAUUGCCGUUGGGGAUUUGGUCAAAUCGACGCUAGGACCAAAGGGUAUGGACAAGUUGUUGACCUCGGCGUCGACAGGCGAGUCGAUGGUGACGAACGAUGGUGCCACCAUAUUGAAGUCGAUCCCGUUUGACAACCCUGCUGCCAAGGUUUUGGUCAACAUCGCCAAGGUCCAGGACGACGAGGUUGGAGACGGAACGACGUCUGUCACCGUGCUUUCGUCGGAAUUGCUCAGAGAGGCGGAGAAACUGGUGGACCAAAAGAUACACCCUCAGACCAUCAUCGAAGGGUACCGGAUUGCAUCCAAAACUGCGCUUGAGCAGUUGGAGGCGCUGGCUGUCGACAAUUCUGCAAAUGAUGAGAAAUUCAGGGAGGAUCUGUUGAACAUUGCCAAGACCACGCUCUCCUCGAAGGUGUUGUCGCAGGACAAGGAGUAUUUCGCCAAGUUGGCGGUGGACGCGAUUUUGAGGUUGAAGGGGUCCACCAACUUGGACCACAUCCAGAUUAUAAAGAAGGUGGGUGGGAGGUUGUCCGACUCGUUUCUUGAUGAAGGAUUCAUUCUAGAUAAACGGUUCGGUGUUGGUCAACCGAAAAAGAUCAAGAAUGCCAAGAUACUGAUUGCUAACACCUCUAUGGAUACCGACAAGGUGAAGAUUUUUGGCGCUAAGUUCAAGGUGGAUUCCACAAGCAAAUUGGCUGAACUGGAGAAGGCUGAAAGAGAGAAAAUGAAGGAGAAGGUUGAAAAAAUCAAGAAGUUCAGCAUCAACUGUUUUGUGAACAGACAAUUGAUUUACGAUUGGCCGGAACAAUUGUUCACAGAUGCUGGAAUAAACUCAAUCGAACAUGCGGAUUUCGAUGGUGUCGAGAGAUUAGCCUUGGUCACAGGUGGUGAAGUUGUCUCAACCUUCGAUGAUCCUUCCAACGUUAAACUUGGACAUUGCGACACGAUUGAAGAAAUCAUUAUUGGGGAGGACGUAAUGACAAAAUUCUCUGGCGUUGCUAAGGGCCAAGCAUGUACAAUAAUUCUCAGAGGUGCUACAGAACAAUUGCUAGACGAAUCUGAAAGAUCUUUACAUGACGCAUUGUCGGUGUUGUCUCAGACGACUGUUGAGACAAGAACCGUACUAGGCGGCGGGUGUUCAGAAAUGAACAUGUCUAAAGCUGUUGAUCAGGCGGCACAAAAUGAAUCAGGCAAGAAGUCCCUUGCAAUUGAAGCCUUUGCUAGAGCAUUAAGACAACUCCCAACAAUUUUGGCGGAUAACGCAGGUUACGACUCCAGUGAAUUGAUUACAAGAUUAAGAUCCUCGAUAUAUAACGGACUGAUAACCUCUGGUCUGGACUUGAACAAAGGUGAUAUAGAUGAUAUGAGAGAACUUGGUAUUGUUGAAAGUUACAAGUUGAAGUAUGCCGUUGUCUCAUCUGCUUCCGAGGCAGCAGAGGUACUUUUGAGAGUCGACAAUAUCAUAAGAGCAAAGCCUAGAACUGCUGAUAGAAACAGAGCUUAG